AUGGGUAAAAAAGACAAGAAACAGGAGUUACAAGACCUCAAGCAGGAGGUCAAAAUGGACGAGCACACCGUCCCAAUGGAUGUGCUUGUAGCCAGGCUGGAGACCAAUCUCGAAACGGGAUUGACUCGCCAGAAGGCUCAAGAGAUCCUCCAAAGGAACGGACCAAAUGCUCUGUCACCCCCUGAAACUACUCCAGAAUGGAUCAAGUUCUGUAAGAACUUGUUCGGAGGAUUCGCCAUGCUCUUGUGGGUUGGAGCCAUUCUCUGCUACAUUGCAUACUCUGUCGAUUACUUCACCAUGGAGUAUCCAUCAAAGGAUAACUUGUAUCUCGGAAUUGUGCUCAUGACUGUCGUCGUCAUCACCGGAGUCUUCCAAUACUACCAGGAAAGCAAAUCAUCAAAGAUUAUGGACUCGUUCAAGAACAUGGUUCCAACGUUCGCUCUUGUUCAUCGUGACGGACAAAAACAACAAGUCCGUACCGAAGAUCUCGUCGUUGGAGACAUCGUCGAAGUCAAGGGAGGAGAUCGUGUGCCAGCUGAUAUUCGUGUCAUCUCUGCUUUCGGAUUCAAGGUUGACAACUCUUCCCUCACCGGAGAGUCUGAGCCACAAUCCCGAUCCCCAGACUGCACCAACGAGAACCCACUUGAGACCCGUAACAUCGCCUUCUUCUCCACCAAUGCUGUCGAAGGAACCGCUAAGGGAAUCGUCAUCUACACUGGAGAUAACACCGUCAUGGGAAGAAUUGCCCAUUUGGCUUCAGGACUUGACACCGGAAUGACCCCAAUUGCUCGUGAAAUCGAGCAUUUCAUCCAUCUUAUCACUGGAGUCGCCGUCUUCCUUGGUAUCUCCUUCUUCAUCAUCGCCUUCAUCCUUGGAUACCAUUGGCUUACCGCUGUCGUUUUCCUCAUCGGUAUUAUCGUCGCCAACGUACCAGAAGGAUUGAUCGCCACCGUUACCGUGUGUCUUACACUCACCGCCAAGAGAAUGGCCAGCAAGAAUUGCCUCGUCAAGAAUCUUGAAGCCGUCGAAACUCUUGGAUCAACAUCUACCAUCUGCUCUGAUAAGACCGGAACACUCACCCAAAACAGAAUGACUGUCGCUCACAUGUGGUACGAUCAAACCAUCCACGAGUGUGACACCACCGAGACUCAAGUCAGCCAAGAAAAGAGAUCCGGAGCUAGUUUUGAGGCUCUCGUUCGCAUCGCCUCCCUCUGUAACCGUGCCGAGUUCAAGGCUGGACAACAAGACACCCCAGUUCUUCGUCGUGAUUGUACCGGAGAUGCUUCCGAGAUCGCCCUUCUUAAGUUCACCGAACUCACCCAAGGAAACGUACUCGCUGUUCGUGAAAGAAAUCCAAAGAUUGCUGAAAUUCCAUUCAACUCCACCAACAAGUACCAAGUCUCUGUUCACGACAACGGAGAUCACUACUUGCUUGUGAUGAAGGGAGCUCCAGAGAGAAUUUUGGAUGUCUGCUCUACCAUCUUCUUGAACGGAAAGGAAGUUGAACUCACCGACAAACUCCGUGAGGAGUUCAAUAACGCCUACCUCGAGUUGGGAGGAAUGGGAGAACGUGUUCUUGGAUUCUGUGACUUUAUUCUGCCAUCCGACAAAUUCCCGAAAGGAUUCAAAUUCGACGUUGAGGAGGUCAACUUCCCAUUGAAGAACUUGAGAUUCGUUGGACUUAUGUCUAUGAUUGAUCCACCCCGUGCCGCUGUCCCAGAUGCCGUCGCUAAGUGCCGUUCUGCUGGAAUCAAGGUCGUCAUGGUUACCGGAGAUCACCCAAUUACUGCUAAGGCUAUUGCCAAGUCCGUCGGAAUCAUUUCUGAGGGAACCGAGACUGUUGAGGAUAUUGCUAUCCGUCGUGGAGUUCCAGUUGAGGAAGUCGACCCACGUGAAGCCAAGGCCGCCGUUAUCCACGGAUCUGAUCUUCGUGAGAUGUCCGAGGAUCAACUUGCCGAGAUCAUCAAGUAUCACUCUGAAAUUGUCUUUGCUCGUACCUCCCCACAACAGAAGCUCAUGAUCGUCGAAGGAUUCCAAAAGCAGGGUCAAAUUGUGGCUGUCACCGGAGACGGAGUCAACGAUUCGCCAGCUUUGAAGAAGGCCGAUAUCGGAGUUGCUAUGGGAAUUGCUGGAUCUGAUGUAUCCAAACAAGCCGCUGACAUGAUCUUGCUCGAUGAUAACUUCGCUUCAAUCGUCGUCGGAGUUGAAGAAGGACGUUUGAUUUUCGAUAACUUGAAGAAGUCUAUCGCUUACACCUUGACAUCUAACAUCCCAGAAAUCUCACCAUUCUUGACCUACAUCUUGUUCGGAAUCCCACUUCCACUCGGAACCGUCACCAUCCUCUGUAUCGAUCUCGGAACUGACAUGGUUCCAGCCAUCUCCCUCGCCUACGAAGAGGCCGAAUCCGACAUCAUGAAACGUCAACCACGUGACCCAAUCCGUGAUAAACUUGUCAACGAACGUCUCAUCUCACUCGCCUACGGACAAAUCGGUAUGAUCCAAGCCUCCGCUGGAUUCUUCACCUACUUCUGGAUCAUGGCUGACAACGGAUUCAUGCCAUGGGAUCUCUACCAGCUCCGUGCUCAAUGGGAUUCUCGUGCCUACAACAACGUUUUGGAUUCAUACGGACAAGAAUGGACCUAUGCCAACAGAAAGAUCCUUGAAUACACCUGCCAAACCGCCUAUUUCGUCUCGAUCGUCGUUGUCCAAUGGGCCGAUUUGAUCAUCUCCAAGACCAGACGUAACUCUCUCGUCCAACAAGGAAUGUCCAACUGGACCUUGAACUUCGGUCUCGUCUUCGAAACUGCUCUUGCCUGGUUCAUGUGCUAUUGCCCAGGACUUGACAAUGGGCUCCGUAUGUAUGGACUUAGAUUCUCCUGGUGGUUCUGUGCCCUUCCAUUCUCCAUCCUCAUCUUCGUUUACGAUGAAGUUCGUCGCUUCUUGAUCCGUAGAUAUCCAGGAGGAUGGGUCGAGCGUGAGACCUACUAUUAA